GAUCAACUUGACAUGUUUGUGGUACUCGAUUGGCUGUCGAUCUUUUGGACACCUGUCAUGAGUCAUGCCAAAUCACCGACCCUCUGUGCAAAUAUAUUUUUUUUUGCGUCAGUCUCACAAACCUACUUGAGCUCAUGGCAUGUUACCGGAUAAAUCCCACCAUGUGCGGCACCGACGCCAAACUAGGAGGAAUGAAGGCCCUGAUCCUUGUUGGUGGAUAUGGCACAAGGCUUCGUCCUCUUACCCUCAGCCGACCAAAACCUCUUGUGGAAUUCGCCAAUAAACCUAUGCUGCUUCAUCAAAUGGAAGCUUUAGUGGAAGUUGGUGUUCAUGAAGUUGUUUUGGCAGUUUCAUACCGUGCAGAACAAAUGGAGCAGGAGUUGAAAGAAGAAGCAAGCAAACUGGGUGUCAAGCUGGUCUUUUCUCAUGAGACAGAGCCAUUGGGCACUGCAGGCCCACUAGCAUUAGCUAAAGACAUUCUCAGUGAAACUGAUGAACCCUUCUUUGUGUUAAACUCUGACAUCAUCUGUGAGUUUCCCUUUAAGGAUCUUGUCACAUUCCAUCGCAACCAUGGUAAAGAAGGGACUAUUGUUGUGACUAAAGUAGAAGAACCAUCCAAGUAUGGAGUUGUUGUAUAUGGAGAGCAAGGAAAAAUUCAGAGCUUCAUUGAAAAACCACAAGAAUUUGUGUCAAAUAAGAUCAAUGCUGGCAUGUACAUUUUCAAUCCAACUGUGCUGAAGAGGAUUAAACUCCAGCCCACAAGCAUUGAAAAAGAAGUGUUUCCUCAUAUGGCUUCUGAAGGACAACUUUACGCAAUGGAGUUGCAAGGUUUCUGGAUGGAUGUCGGACAGCCAAAAGAUUUUCUUCGUGGAAUGUGCAUGUAUCUUACUGCUGUGAGGCAAAAGAAUGCAUCUGUUCUUCAUAAUGGUCCCACUACAGUUGGAAACGUUCUUGUUCAUCCUUCUGCAAAAAUUGGACAUGGAUGUCGUAUUGGUCCCAACGUUACUGUAGGACCUGGAGUUAUAAUUGAAGAUGGAGUCUGCAUCAAACGCAGUACCAUUUUGAGAGAUGCUGUAAUUAAAUCACAUUCGUGGUUGGAUGGCUGCAUUGUUGGCUGGAGAAGUGUUGUGGGGCAAUGGGUAAGAAUGGAAAAUACUACUGUUCUUGGAGAAGAUGUCAUUGUAAAAGAUGAGGUUUAUAUUAAUGGGGGCCAAGUUCUUCCUCACAAGUCAAUUGCCAGUUCAGUUCCUGAGCCUCAAAUUAUUAUGUAAUACUUGCACCCGUAUCCAGUUGUAUCAGACUGUUUAUGGUGGAUGCUUGAGCCUCUAGUGUGGAAAGUUGCUGAAACACAGCUCAUAAUUAUUUUAAUAAUAAGAUCUUUUUCAUGAUAGUUCAAUAACCCAGAGUGGGCAGAAGUGACCUGGAGUCUAUUUAUGAUUAAAAUAUCAUCAUUUUAUUAGCUAGUUUGGAAUUUACUUUGCUUCUUAUGUUUCUGACAUUAUGUCUAUCCCAAAUUUAAGUACCACUACGUAUCUGGUUUGGGUUUCCCCAAUCCCUUGUGACCACUCGCCCCCCUCUUUGUCCAUGAAGGAACUAAAACAAUGCCAAAAGCACAAAUUCAGAAGCCCAAUGUAGACAGAGACUGUUACUGCAUUUCUAUUUUCAACUAAGCAGCCUUGAAGCAAUGUUGCAUUGUAUGUUUAUUGGUUUUAACGCACAACCAUUAUUAUUAGUAUCGUUAUUAUUUCAAAAUGCCAUAAUACUAAGCACUUUCAAUUUUACCUCAGAAUAAUUCGCCUCAAAAUCACGUGAGAUUAUGGCAAAGCUUUAAUUCAAACCAAAGUUUUUAUUAAGUUUAACUUCAAUCUAUAUCAAAGAAUUAUAGAAAAAUUAAUAUGAUUGUAAAAUAUUUACAUCACAAAUCAGUAAUUUUUUGUACCAUGUGAUUUUUCCUUAUCUUUUAACUCAGUUAAUUUUUGUGCGAAGAGAUUGGGCUCUUGCACUUCUGGAGUUGCUGAAGCAUAAUCUAUUAUGCUUUAAAUCAUUGUGCAGAUGGGAUUGCUGAUAAUAUGCCUAGUUACAAAAUUUUUAUGGGCUUGUUAAAGCAAUCACAAUGGUAUUUGGCUGCUCAAAGAUCCACAUUUGACUGAAGAUUUGUACUUUUUUAAAAUUAGGAAUACACUCAAGUUUCAAUUGAUUUUUCACUGUCACAGUUUUGAAGACAAAAUGCUCUUGUGUUCAGUGUGAAAUAAGGUCCACCCAUCCAUGUUGAUAGGGAUAAAAUUAUUUUGCAAUGAAUUGGAAUAAUUUGAGCUUCCCCAUGCUAAAUUCUAUGUACGGUGUCUAUAAAUUGUCUGAUAUUUCAGAGAGAGAUUCCUUUUACGCAUGAAUCAAAUUGUUAUUUCUGUUUUUAUGUGUUGUGUACAUUUUUAAAUGUCAAUGUUGCAUAUAAGAUACAAAUUUAUUAUUGUUCUGAUUGGUUGGACAGCUGUAAAUGUCUAAAUGUCCUAUAAUGCUGUUCCAAACUUUUAUGAUAUCUUUUAUUUGUAAAGAUAGAAAGUUUUUGAUAGUGCUCUUGAUAAAGUAUCUUUUAUGUAUGAAUGGGAAAUGAAUGACUUAAAAAUAGUUCAGAUGUAUGUUUGUAAAUUUUGUGCCAUCACUUGUAGCCUCAGUUUUAUCUUGCAAGCAAAACAUUGCAAAUCAAUUGAAGUUUUUAAGAACAAAUCCCACGUGUCUUGAAAAAAAAUUCAUCACAACCUUUUCCAAAAAUUACUGUAAAAGUCUGUAGUUUUAUCAUCUAAGUUUUGCUCGUAUUCUAUUGGGCAGUGUGCAUACUGAAAUCAUUUGGGUUUGCUAAGGUUCUUUGUUUCCUGUGGAAAUUGUUUAUUUUAACAGCCUCUGAUGGGGGUUUAUAGCAUAUCUGGUAUGUAUGCUAUCCAGUUUGGCUUCUCUUGGUGUGCAUCUGAAAAUUACCUAUGGUGGGACCAUUUGUCUAAUUAUAUUUGUUAGAAGACCACAAGUGGUUAUGAUUUUGUAGGGACACAGUCAGUGAGAAACGAAAAUUGGAUCAACAUCAAAUAGAUGUCAAGUCAGCACUAAAGGCCAAAGUUCCGUCAAAACUUAGGUCAAAUUUGAGGACGUCAAUCCAUGUUUAUUCAACGUCGCCACAAAUUUUGGUUCUCACUGGGACUAACCAUGUAAGUUAAACCCACCGAUUUUUAUUGGAUAUCACCUGCUGCAAGGAAAGAAAUCUUUUAUUUGAUCUUAGCUUUCAUCUUGAAAGAUUGAGUCAUCGGUUUUAUAAUUUUGAACCUAGCAGGUUUGAUUAGAAUGCACCGAGUGUAAUAACAUUAUUAUUAUUCUUGUUGUUUUUUUCCUUUGGGAAUGUUCCAAGCCCUUGUUACACCUUUAACUCGUUAUAAUUCAAUUUGAUAUACCACGCCGGACUGUAAGAGCAACAAGUCUGAUGAUGGUUGCUUGUCUUAUGCACUUUAUAUAUUUGUUAAGCAUAUUUUUACCAGCCUAUUUUACAGUAUAUGAGGUGAGGUGAACGCAUUUGAUGAAACAGUUGUGAUUUUUUUUUAGUUUGCGUGCUCUUUGCACACGUACAUACUAGCAAAAGAUCUUUGAUAUACAUUUGUUAUUAUCUUUCAUGUGUACAUAAUGUGACUGAUAUUUUUUUAUUGCAGACCUGUAUGUGUUGUUUAUAUUAAUUAUGACAUUGGGUAGAG